CCCGUUCUGUAGUGGGGUUUAAACGUGAACACGGCAAGCUAGCGUAUUAGUGUUGGAUAGUAGGUCUGGUAACGGGAGUGCUCCGCUGCCUGCACUUGGCUUAAGACAGAGGCGGAGACAAGAGAACACCCGGUUGUUUUAGAAAGAAAAGAUUAAUCGGCUGCAUCCAUCAUCUAAAGAAGCAGAGCUACUCUCUUCUUUUAACGUAAGUUUGGUUUGCUAACUAGCUAGCUUGCUGGUUAUUAGCUAGCAGUUGUCGGCUAACGUUGCCAGAUAAGAGAUAGGCUUGUCCCGUUCUUUUGCAAAUCAAUUUACGUGUCCUCUUCAAGACGGACGCAGCAGCCUACUUUUUUCGUCUCGAGUGUCCUCAUAAAGCGGAAGUUAUUGAUUGCAGCGUAACCAGCGACAGUGGGAGAAGAGGAAAAUGACGGGGAAAUCAGUGAAAGACAUUGACAGAUACCAAGCAGUCCUUACAUCCCUUCUGGCUUUGGAAGAAAACAAGUUCUGCGCCGACUGCCAAGCAAAAGGUCCCAGAUGGGCUUCCUGGAAUCUGGGAAUCUUUAUCUGUAUCCGCUGCGCGGGAAUCCACAGGAACUUGGGGGUGCACAUCUCCCGGGUCAAGUCGGUCAACCUGGACCAGUGGACCCAGGAGCAGAUCCAGUCCGUGCAGGAGAUGGGCAAUGCCAAGGCCAGGCGACUCUACGAGGCUUUCCUACCAGAGUGCUUCCAACGUCCAGAAACCGAUCAAAUUGCAGAAAUGUUCAUCCGUGACAAGUAUGAGAAGAAGAAGUACAUGGACAAGUGCAUAGACAUCCAGUCCUACAGGAAAGAAAAGAACAGCGAUGUGAUCACCAAAGAGCCACCAGUGGUAUUUGAGAAGAUGAAGUUGGAUGACUCACAACGGUCCACCCCCAAGCAAUCCCAGUCUGUCAAUGACCUGUUGGGGCUAGAUGCCCCGGCCCCCAGAGCUGCAGUGGCCAAUGGGAGGCCGAGUCCUGAGGUGACCCCGGCCCUCGACCUGUUCAGCUCUCUACCCGCCACCAGCUCCCACUCCAACAGGAGCACGCCUGCCUCGGGCACCAUGCCCAGCGGGCGCGUGGCCGCCUCCGUGCCCGAGAACCUCAGCCUGUUCCUGGACCCGCCGGGCAGAGCCGAGGAGACUGGCGGCAGGGCCAGCAGCGGGCAGAAGCUGUCCAAGGACUCCAUCCUCUCGCUCUAUGGCACCUCCUCCAUGUCCCAGAACAACAUGGCCACCCACGCUGGCAUGUACAUGAACCCUGCCCAGAUGGGCUACCCAGCAACAGCCGCAGCGGCUGCUGGCUAUGGGCAGUACCAGGCCAUGGCAGCCCAGGGGGGCAUGAUGGGUGCUAUGAUCGGCCCCCAGAUGGGCAUGGUGGCGCAGCCCGGUGUGAUGCCCCAGGCGGGCAUGAGUGCGCAGGCGGCGGCGGCGGCGGCGGCCGCCAACCCAUACAUGGCGGGAUCCAUGCAGGGCGGCAUGAUGGGAGGGGUGGCGGCCGUGCCACCUCAGCAGGCCUACGGAGUGCAGCAGGCCCAGCAGCUGCAGUGGAACCUGGCCCAGGUCAGCAGGGGGCAGCGCGCAUGGUCUUCCACUGGGAUGACUCAGCACAUGGCCGGUAUGAACUUCUACGGCACCAACAGCAUGAUGGGAUACGGGCAGCCCAUGGGCGGAACCUCCGCAGCCACCACGCCCACUUCCGCUCACAUGCUGGGCUCACAAGUGUGGAAGUGAUGUCAUGGUGCCCAGCCAUGGGAUUGGACAAUGGCUCUUGGACGGAGGACAGAAUGGACCAUGGG